AUGGAAUCUUUUAAAAACGAUGAACUUGACGAUGACUCACGUAGUUCGCUUGCCAAUGAAGAGAGCAAUAUGAGUGAUUUCGAUUUCCACCACGAUGAAUUAGCAGAUGAUUUGGAUAGACUUCAAGUAUUAAGUGAAUAUUACAAUGAAAAUGAAAUGGACAUUGAUUCUAUAAGCGAAAUUCAUACAUAUAAUGGAGGCUUUACAUCAAUUUCUCCCAAAGAUGCAACACCGAUUUUAGUGUUCAGGAAUUUUUUCACCGAAAAAAUUUUUAGUCGAAUUGUCGAUCAAACAAACAUUUACGAGAAAUAA